AUGGCCAGUUUUCCAUACGAUGACGAGGUCGUGUUCCUCGACUCAUCCUUUUUGAAGAAAUAUGAUUUGACUUCUCUCCCUUCACCAAGCGCAGUAUUCAUCUAUAUGGAGCUGAUAGACGGCGUUACUCUUGAGAAGAGCUGGGAAGGCUUAGAAGAGGAAGACAGGCUGGCUAUAUGCGAACAGUUACGGCGCAUGAUAAAUGCAUUGCGCAGUCUCGAGUGUGAUUCUAACGUCGCUUUUAUUGGUCACGUCGGUCGGCAACCACUGCUCGAUGUUAUCUUCGAAAGCAGCUGCUCCCCAACCGCUGGGCCGUUUUCAAGCGUCUCUGAGUUUCACGACUGGUUCACUUUUUCAUACGGGCCGCGAAAACACGAUCGAAACCAGCCACCACACCCGAAUCGGCAAUUCCUCCCAGAUGAAGUGCCAAUUGUUUUCACACACGCUGAUUUACACCCCAGCAAUAUCAUCAUUUCACCAGGAAUACAUCCUCAAGUUAUUUCUAUCAUAGACUGGCACCAAUCUGGAUGGUACCCUGCUUACUGGGAGUACUGCAAGGCUCGUUGGACCUCGCAUAUUGGGAAAGAAUGGGAGGCGACAUAUCUGCCUCUUUUCGUGGAUCGCCACGACUGCUACAACUACUGGGAUAGCUUUGUUCUAGCUCGUGGGGUGUGA